CGUAGCCGUAGUAACGUUGCUUUCGCAGUACUUCAAAUGCCUCUGUCUGUGAACCAAUCUUAUACACAGAAGAAUCACAGAACAACAAAAACAAAAACAGAUUGACCGCCAUCACACUCAACUACAACAUUGAACAAAAUUUUCAACACUCUCACACUUCAAAUUAAACAAAAUUUCAAUUGGAUUUUUAAUUUCAUUUUCUUUGCUCAAUGGAACAAGCUACAGUAGGAUUAAGUGGAUCCAUUCACGACGAUUCUGUUCAAUUUGACGAAGAAAUUCAAGGAAUUAUGAUUCCGGCGCCGGCACCGGAAAACGCAAGCUCAUUCACAGCACUGUUAGAGCUUCCACCUACGCUGGCGGUUGAGCUACUUCAUUUGCCUGAGCAGAAACCCUAUCUUCCGAACUCUUCUAACGGGAAUUUAACUUUUCCUACUAACGCCGCGUUGAUUGAACGCGCCGCGAAAUUCUCAGUGUUCGCCGGAGAGAAUUCUUCACCGGGAGAUUCGCGGCUGUUUCCGGUGGAAAGUGUGAAGAACGAGCCUCAAGAGACUGAUUCGAAUCCUUGCUCGACGCAAGAGUGUGUUUCGGAUCCAGCUGAGAAUAAGAAUCAGAGAAACGUGAAGAGAAAAGAGCGAGAGAAGAAGGGUAAAGCGUCGUCGUCGAAGAAGAGCAAAAGCAUCGCCGAUGAAACUUCCGGUGCCGGUGAGAAGCUUCCCUAUGUUCAUGUUCGCGUUCGACGAGGUCAAGCUACUGAUAGCCAUAGCUUAGCAGAACGAGCUAGGAGAGAGAAGAUUAACGCUCGUAUGAAGCUUUUACAAGAGCUGGUCCCAGGCUGCGAGAAGAUAUCUGGAACGGCGUUGGUUCUGGAUGAGAUCAUCAACCAUGUGCAAACUCUACAACGUCAAGUGGAGAUCUUAUCAAUGAAACUGGCAGCUGUUAACCCAAGAAUUGAUUUCAACUUAGACAGGUUAUUGGCUGCUGAUGGGUCAUCUUUAAUGGACAGUAACUUACCUAGCACCAUGGUUACACCUUUGGUGUGGCCAGAAAUGCCACUCAACAGUAACAGACAGCAUUAUCAACAACAGUGGCAAUUCGAUGCAUUUCAUCAACCACUCUGGGGAAGGGAAGAAGACAAUCAUAAUUUCACGACUCCAGAAAACUCACUUUUGAGUUAUAACUCCUCAGCAAAUUCAGCAUCUCUGCACUCAAAUCAAUUGAAGAUGGAGCUCUGAAAGCUUACAGAAGUUGUCGUACCAGUAGCUAUUAGCCUAGAGUGUAUAUAUCAAAUAUAUUAUUCGCAGUUAGCAAGGAUUUGAGCGGUCUCAACAUUCAGCAGGUUUUCUGUCUUCUAUUUGUAAGAGUCAGUUGGAAACCUGGAUUUUCUUCGGCCAAAAAGGAAGAAGAAUUUGGUAUGCUAUUCUUAUUAUCAUCAUCAUUAUGUACACUAAUUAUAUGGGUCAUUCAAUCUAUAAGGUGGUUGAAUCAAGAUUGUAAAAUUAUAGAACAGAUUAUGACUGAACUAUCAUGGGAGUGAGUUGCGUUGUUCAUUGAAUUUUACUUAGAUGAUUGACUCUUAUUAGAGUUUGCCUGAACAAACUACUACAAGUUUUGAAUUAGACGCAAUAUUUCUUUGUUUUCUUUUCCCGUUGUCGUAAAAAUAAACAUAAGAGUUGUUUAUUGGUGAUUCAA